CAGCAACCACUAUUGCUGGAGUCAUAUCAUUGUCUGUCAAUAUGUCUCCUAUUAGACGCUCGCAGUCUCGAAGACUGCUUGAGAAGCCAUCGGGUUUACCGCGUCCCUCUCUGAACAAGGCCACAAUCACCAGAACUCUGUCCUCAGUAGUCAACAGAUCUCCCAGGCGGCGCUCUCGCAGACUUCUUGGAAGACCAUCGCGGUUGCCGAGACCAAGCCGUCCAAAAACGAUCAGAACUGACUCUGGAUGGGGAGACCACGUUGAGUCAGCAGCAUACCGUGACCCGGACGCGGACCAGGAUCAGUUGGACCACUUCGAUAAUGCUCAAAAGAGUGUCCGCGAAGCACAGGAGGCCCUGAACCAGAAAGCUGCCCAGAAUCAAUCAGUGGGGACUGAAACAAGCGUGAUUCGUCCCAGCUCGCUACCUUUGGAAGACGAGGGCGAAGACCCUUACCCCAAUGCGCGGCACAUCAGCGAGAUCACCGCUGAAGAGUCUAUGAGAUUAAGUCGAGAGAGGGAGGCUGCUGUUGCAUUGAGAGAGGCGUCUAUCCUUGCCGAUCGUCAAGCUCGCGAGGCUUUAUCAUCGCACAAGAAACUUGCAAUACGCUCGCCUGAGGCUUCAUGGGUGUACAUUCCCACUUAUGCGAUGCGUCACUAUCUGCAACAAGCCUACGAUCUGACACAGGGCUACAUAUACGACUUUGGUCGAAGCAGUUACCCCUCGAAGUAUCUCCUGGAGUGGGACUUCGAAGGCGAUGUCAGGAUUGAAAGAGACGACCUCAGACACUUGUUUGGUGAAAAUGGCCUAUACUCAGAGAGCUCAUCGCUAGCCGUGAAGAAUCAUUACCGUGAUCUCAUCGAAACCUUGGUAGCAAUGCGGAAUGCUUGGGCGCAUCCUGGUGAGCUGGACAAGGCAGGAGCGUCAGACCCUAAGAUUCUCGACAUUUAUCUGUGUGCCGUGGAGGAGUUGGCGUUUCUCAUCGGCGAUAUUCAGGCAGAGGCUACCGCUCGGAGGCUACGCAUCGAAGUUGAGGCGCUUGCAGAGGAGGUCUUCGGCGAUAUACUGGCUCUGUUUGCCAGCAGCCAAACCUCGGGGCAACUCGCACAGUGGGAAAUGCAUCACCAGCGCUGCUUCGACUGGGCUAUCCAUAGCAAGAAGUCAAAUUCUACCAAAUUAUGGGAUGAGCUGCCUGCUGUUCUGCAAAUGGCAGCGGAGGACUGGGACCACAGAUACAAGGGCAAGAUCACGCCGUCUUGA